GAUGGAAUAGAUAGAUACCGGUCCGAUCGUUUACGAAUUUCAAAGAAAUCAACGAUAUAGGCUAGCCUACGCAUAAAAUCUGUCUUCUCCAAAACUUCGAAUGAAAUAGAUGUAGCGGUGGUCCAACAAUAUGUCUUGUCGACGGAAGACAUUGUAAAAAGUUACAGAGAGAGUUUAUGAGCAAUAACGACCACAAUCCGGAUGACAAGAACGAAUUUGAGACCUACCCUUGAACAUAUACAUUUUGGGAAAACGUUGAUUGUUUUUUUGAAAAGGACCAAGGAAAUUAUUAUUAUUAUUAUUAUUAUUAUCGGAUAACACUUAGGUAGAUCUCAAUCUUUUCAGCCGGGGUGUUCUCUUCAUCAGUCUCUCUGACUUUUUCCGCUUGCUGCGGGGAUGGGGGCCGCGCCGGGUUCGGGCUGGGAGGAGGGGGAGUUCGAGUUCAAGUUGGUUUUUGAGGAGGACCCGCCGCGCCAACUCCGGGGCCCAUCCCCGCUGCGUAACGCGGACCAGGAGCACACCAUCGCAGGGGAGAGGACGGAGAGCUCCCUUUCGCUCCCAGCGUUGAGCAAUACUGGUUGGAACCCUUUCUUGGAUAGUGUGUGUGAAUGUGUGUGACAGGGAAAAAGAAGAUGGUCAAUGGUUCCCAAUGUAGACGCCUCAUCCACAUUGUAGUGAUUUGUCUCUGUGUGGUGUAUGUAAUGGGAAUUAUUUAGUUGAUCUGAGUAUGUUCAUUGGUAAAAUUAUGAAGCCUACUAUUCUUUCUCUCUCUCUCUACCUGGAUAUAGAUAAGUUAUGUGACUGGAUGUAGGCCUGGUGUAUGUGCACUAUGUGCUUGUCUGUGUGUGGGGGAUGUGUGUGUUCAUGUGUAUGGAGUUUGCGUGCUGUGUAUUGCAUGCUUGUGCUUGCCUGUAUGUUGUGUGAGUGUGUGUGUGUAAGGGCAGAACUCAAUGUGGUUUUAAUCAGCUGUGCGUGUGAGUGAAGUUAACAGCUGCCAUCUGGAUGGAACCUCAAUCUCUGUUUACUGAGCAUGCACCACACCUCCCUCCGUUCUCCCUCCUUUACUUUCUCUCUCCCUCUCCUUCACCCCCUUUCUUCUUUCCCCUUUCAGCUUUCAUACACACCCCUCUCACCCACCCACGCAUCUCUUUCCCGCCCACACUGGCAUAAAAUAGUAAUACCACACCCUAGCCUUAAACUUACUACAAGAUAAGUUACCACAGUGUAUACUGUACCUCUUAACUCCUGCACUAGGCUGACCAAUUAACUAUAAUGGACACUGGACAGUAGUGGACACAGUGCUUUACAGUGACCCUCACUGUCCGGUACUGUCUACUGCACCACCACACCACAGCAGGGAAAUGUGCGGUGUAAUGUGCGGUUAAAACAUCAAUAAGGGACAUUUCCUUACAUAUUUGAUUACCAUUCUUGAGAGUUAGGGGAUACUUUUUAUAGUGGACAUAACUGGUUUCUCUUCAACCUGAAUGUGUUCUGGCUCUGUACUCUCUCAACAGUGAACUCAGUAGGAUACAGCUUACCAUGUCAACUGUAACUGAGAGACUCCUGACACCUUUUCUACCUUUUUUGUUUUGUCACAGACAGCCACCUGGCUGCCACUCAUGUAGGCCAGCCAAUCGGCAUCCCUACCCCACCGUCUUCUUCAGCCAGUCAAAGGGCUGGGAUGCAUUCCCCGCCCCCCAGACGUGCCUUGGUGAGGGAGUUCAGCGGGACUUAUGAGAGUCUUCCGGCGCGAUCUGUACAAGUGAGUGGUCAGAGAUGGCCAGUUACUCUCCUGGUCAGUGAGAGUGGGACAGUGAUUCUGUGUCAUCAGGGAUACAUGAUGCUGAAAACCAUACCUGUCCCUACAGUAUGGUCCCUACAUUUCUCUAUUGUUAACCCUAUCAGUCCCGAGACCCCAGCAAUAAUCGGCUUUUCAUUUAUAUGACUUUCAUUUAUGUCCAACCAUUAUAUUUAGCCUCACAAUUAAGUAUUUUACCAUUUUAUUUUAAGGACAACAAGGGCUACAAGUUCAACACAAAACCAUUUGACAUAAACUGUUGCAUUCAUGAGUUUUAUUGACAAAUGACAAAAAAAAAAAAAGGUCAGCCAAAUAAAACCUGAUAAAAAUAAUGCUGUAAGUACAGAAAUUAUUUGCUCAGUGGGAAAUGAAUAUCCAACUAGUCAAUGACAACCGUGUGGAGUUUGUGACAGCAACUAUGUGAGCUUUUUACAGUAUUAUAGACACUAUGUCCUUAGAUGUGCAAUGAUAUUCUAGGUAGAAGAACCCCUUACCUUUUAACGACUCUUGUGUAGCUUGUGAGAGUAGAGCAAAACAUGUGCUUGUUUGUGAGAGUCUCAGCUUUUCAUAGAUAGCUUUAAUAGUUUGUAGCUCAAACCAUUUGGACUCUACAGACGUUUCUGUAAAAAGACCCAUCCCCGGACCCCUUCGGGAUCUGCCCGUGUCUCACAAGCAUCGCUCUAGCUUAGCCCCCGUUAAUCACACAGACUAAUGGUUGUUACCAACAUAUGCAGAAUAAAUAUACGAAUUCAUUGGUACAAGAAGUCUGUAGCUCAAACACACAAUGUUAAAGGUGUUAGAAGUCCAAAUCGCGCCGGCGUUGCGUGGGACUCAUUGGGUUAAUGUUCUAAUUUAUCUGUCUGUCUGUCUAUCUCUAUUUCUCCCUCCCUCCCUCUCUCUCUCCCAGGUCUCAGAGUCCCGUGUGUUGGAGUGCCCUAGCAUCCAGAUCACCACUAUCUCCCCAGAGGAUGACACUGCCCCAGCAGGAAGUAACUACUGGGACACAGGAGGUGGCUGGGAGAGGGAGCGCCUCUACCUCCCCCUACUGGACCCGUUCUGCUACCGCGAGGGCGGCACCGGCACUGGGUCCCUGAGCCCAAGCCCUGCCUCCAGCCCCUCUUCUCGCGGCUGGCUCAGUCCUGCAUCCAGCUGUGAUUCACUGCUAGUGGAGGAGGAGGAUCUCAAUGAGGCCACCGCCCAUUUCUGCCUGUCGCCCUCCUCCCGGCCAACCUCCCCGGGGGGUAAGAAGCGCAGGAACUCCCCCCUGGCCUCCCCCUGCACCUCCCGCAGGAGCAGCUACUCUGAGGACCACUCCUGUAUCCAGGAGGGAGGAGACUCCAACUCUCAGUCACAGAGUCCCAACAGCAGCUUUGAGCUGAGCAUCCCACAGAAGACCAGGAAGACAUCACUGGAGCAGGUAAGGUGGCUGGUGGUUUGUAGAUCUUAAGUUCCAUAGUUUGUUUUGAUGCUCAACCAGAAAUCCCUGGUUUGUGUCCUCCAGGUUUCCCCCAGGGAGGUGGAGCAAGAGCAGGCUCCAACCCAUAGCUCCCACUGCCCACUGCCAGAGCCGCUGCAGCAGAGGAGAGAGGCCCCCUCCAUGGGCAUGGACUACCUGUCUGUGCCCCCUGCUCUGGGCUGGGGUAGGACCAGAGCCAGCGCCCACAGCCCUCUGUUCAGGUUACACACUGUGUUUAUAUAGUAUCCCUCAAUAGUGUGUUGACUUGCCAUUAUUAUUGUUUGGGUGGCCAGGAUAGCCCACUCAGCCCCACCCACACAUCUGACUGGUCCAUUGUUAUUACAGAUCCAAUGCUCUGCCACCACUUGAUUGGCCUCUGCCAACUCAGUUUGACCAAUAUGAACUGCGUAUCGAGGUGCAGCCCCGCCCACACCACCGAGCCCACUACGAGACGGAGGGAAGCAGAGGAGCCGUCAAGGCAUCACCAGGGGGACAUCCAGUUGUUAAGGUAUAAUAAGUUGAUUCAAUUGAUUAUGGUUUCAAUCCCAAACUAACACAUACUGUAUACACUGAGUGUACAAAACAUUAAGGACACCUGCUCUUUCCACGACAGAGGCUGCUGCUGCCUAUUGAAAUCACUGGCCACUUUAAGAAAUGGAACACUGGUCACUUUAAUAAUGUUUACAUAUCUUGCACUACUCAUCUCAUAUCUAUAUACUGUAUUGUAUUCUAUAAUAUUCUACUGUAUCUUAGUCCAUGCCGCUCUGUCAUUGCUUGUCCAUAUAUGUAUAUAUUCUUAAAUUCCAUUCCUUACUAGAUUUGUGUGUAUUGGGUAUAUGUUGUGAAAUUGUUAGAUAUUACUUGUUAGAUAUUACUGCACUGUCGGAGCUAGAAGCACAAGCAUUUCGCUACACCCGCAAUAACAUCUGCUAAACACGUGUAUGUGACAAAUAAAAUAUGAUUUGAUUUGAUUUGAUUUUCAUAGACUGACCAGGUGAAUCCAGGUGAAAGCUAUGAUCCUUUAUUGAUAUCCACUUCAAUCAGUGUAGAUGAAGGGGAGGAGACAGGUUAAAGAAGGAUUUUUAAGCCUUGAGACAAUCAAGACAUGGAUUGUGUGUGUGCCAUUCAGAGGGUGAAUGGGCAAGACAAAAGAUUUAAGUGCCUUAGAAUGGGGUAUGGUAGUAGGUGGCAGGCGCACCGGUUUGUGUCAAGAACUGCAACGCUGCUGGGUUUUUCACACUCAACAGUUUCCCGUGUGUAUCAAGAAUGGUCCACCACCCACAGGACAUCCAGACAACUUAACACAACUGUGGGAAGCAUUGGAGUCAACAUUGGCCAGCAUCCCCGUGGAACACUUUCGACACCUUGUAGAGUCCAUUCCCCGAUGAAUUGAGGCUGUUCUGAGGGCAAAGGGGUGCAACUCAAUAUUAGGAAGGUGUCCUUAAUGUUUUAUACACUCAGUGUAUAUCUAAACAAUGACUCUCUUUUCUGUCUCUCCAAGCUGACUGGGUACACAGAGAGACAGCCGCUCUCUUUGCAGGUGUUUGUGGGAACAGCUGAUGACAGGUCCAUCCGGCCUCAUCCUUUCUAUCAGAUUCACAGGUAGGCAACCGUGCAACAAUACUGCAAUGAAUCUAUGAUUGUAUGUGCUAUGUCAGUGUUUUGGUGUGUUUUUGUUUUUAUUGUUAAAAUGUUUCUUCUGAUCCUCAGGGUGACAGGAAAGAUGGUGGGCACUGCCAGUCAGGAGAGCGUCCAAGCUGGCACCAAAAUACUGGACAUCCCCCUCAACCCAGAUACCAACAUGACUGCGCUGUGAGUAACUAACAGAGAAAUAAGAGAAUAGAUACAAAAGGUUUGUAUGGGGUAACAGAGUAGGCAGAGAAUAGCUUUCCUGUGUGUACUAAAUAAGUGUGUACAUGGCAUUACUGUGUGAGUGUGUGUCUAUGUAGUGAAUAAAACAGCCUUUCUGUCUCUCAGCAUUGACUGUGCUGGCAUUCUGAAGCUGAGGAACUCGGACAUCGAACUGAGGAAAGGAGAGACAGACGUAGGGAGGAAGAACACGCGUGUGCGCCUGGUGUUCCGUACCCACCUCCCCCUGGCCCCUCCCAUGGCCCCGCCUGGACGGGUGCUGGCCCUGCAGGUCGCCUCCCUUCCUAUAGAGUGCUGUGAGUAGCCAGCCAACAAUCACAGUCAACUCUCCCUGUCCUGACACUUUCUUUGAGUUUGUAUUUUGAUAAGGUAUCAUAUUUAUCAAUAUCCUAGCGAAUCAUCUGUCCUCUCUCUCUCUCUCUCUCUCUCUCUCUCUCUCUCUCUCUCUCUCUCUCUCUCUCUUCCCCUCUCUCUCCUCAGCCCAGCGCUCUGCUCAGGAGCUGCCAGUGGUAGAGUCGGUCAGUCUUACAUCCUGCUCUGUGGAAGGAGGGGAGGAGCUACUGUUGGGUGGGUCUAACUUCCUGCCCAUGUCCAGAGUGCUUUUUAUGGAAAGAGGGACAGGUAAUGACGUGUGUGUGUAAGUGUGUGUGUUUAAGUGUUAUUUCUACAAUUCUUCAAUGUUCAAUGUGCACCAUCCAUGAAAUAAGGUAUUAUUUAUAUCCUUAUUUACCAGAUGGAAAGCUACAGUGGGAAGAGGAGGCACAUGUUGACCGUGACAACAGUAAUGAGGUAAAUAGUAUGUUUCUGGGUGUAUGUGUGUUUGAGUGUGCGAGCAUCUGUGUUCAUGCACAUGUACUAGAAUUGUAAUUUACAUUUUUCAUGUUGUCAUCCCCCAGUGCUUGCUGUGUGUGCGAGUUCCAGCCUACAGCGAACUCUCAGUGAGCCGCCCAGUAUCUGUGUGCCUUUACGUCUCCAAUGGGAAGAGGAAAAGGAGCAGCACUCACUGUUUCAAGUACCUCCCCGGUGAGUCUCCCCUCACUUCAUCCAUCAGUCUCUCAGCUAAGACUGUAACUAUCUUUGUUGUUUUUGGUUCAUUUUGAACAAUUCAUCUCCAUGGUAUUUAUCUACGUGGUCAGGGACCAGACUACAUAUUACCACUUAUUUUUCACCCUCAGUCAUGUUUAAAGAGGAGGACCCUCUGCAGUCGCGUCCCUCUGCCUUGCCUCUGGAGGGGGUGACACACUGCUCCAUGAGGGGGCCCAGCAGGGUGGACAGCGGUGUGCACCGGGGGAAUGAUCCCAUGCUUGAGGAGGGAGGGCUGGCCUUCCACCUUCCCCCCUACCCUUCAGCCUGCUCUCCCCCCUACCCCGGCCAGGGCUACCAGGAGUACUGCCACAAGCCGGAAGCUGUGGAGGAGAGCAGAGGCUCUCUGUCGGAGAGACACCCCAGCUUUGAGAAUUUGGAGCUGGGCUUCACUGAGCUACUGCCUCCCUUUUACUCCAGAGUCCCCCAGCCUCCCUCUCCCUCCCCCUCCCCAUGGCUGGACUCCCCAUACCUGUCCUCUUCCCCCUCUCCCUCCCAUUCCUCCUCUCUAAGUCCCUUCCCCUCCAGCAGCCCCAUCUCCUCCUCCCCUCUUCCCCCCAUGACUACCUCUCCCUACCCCCACUACCCCUACCCUCAUGAGGUCUGCCCCUCGCCUCCCUCCAACCCUAGCCCGUAUCAGGACUUCUACCCACCACCGUAUUCCCACUAUGAGGUAUGGGACCACCAGGGCAGGGGACCUGGAGAAAGGGAAGCUCAGGCUGGAUCUAAAAUGCAGGAGAGCCCCCUGGAAUUUGCCAGCUCAUCAUCCAUUCACCACAUUACAUUAGAGGAAGGUGAGAAGUUUACAUGUGGAAGGUUCCAAUUGGUAUUGAACUUCAUUGUUACAAGAAUAGCAAUACAUUUAUAAAAUUUUUGUUUAUAUAGAUUUAUUGAUACAGUAUACAGCAUAAAUUAAUAUAUAAAUGUCUGACUGGUUGCUGUGUCUUUUUGUCUACAGUGAAUGAGUUUAUAGGAGAAGACAUCAGAUCAUUCCAGUCGGGCUCACAGAUGGACAGCCAACCAGGAUGACAAGCUCAGUACUGUUCUGUCUUGUUCUGUUUAAAUAGUAUGAAGUGCAUUAUUGAUAUCAUAUCACACCUUUUCCUAUGCACUUGGUUUAUGAUGUAUUGCUCUAAUAUGGCAAUACUGAAUGGGGAUUAAAUAAAAAGGGCACAGUUGUAAGUAUGAUCGAAGGUAACUGUUACAGUUUAUAUGACUAAUGUUUUUAACCUGUUUUCAAUAUAAAUUAUACAAGUAAAUGUCUGUUAUGGGUCUGUUUGUGUAUAUAGUUUUAGUGUGUUUGUGUGUGC